GAAGACGCUAUGGCCAAGCUUUUGCUGAAACUCCAGCGGUAUUUUCGGCGCAAACCCGUGCGUUUCUUCACUCUGCUGGCUCUGUACCUGGCGGCGGGGAGCUUGGUUUUCCUGCACUCCGGUUUCUCCGGGGAGCCCACGGUGCCGGGGAGCCCUCGCAGCCCCGCGGCCGCCGAGGGGCCGGGGCUGCCCUACCUGGGGGUGAUGCAGCUCAGCCGCGGCUUCAAGGCGGCGGCCACGAUGCCGGCGGGGGGCCGACGACACGGGCCCUGGUUCAAAAGCACCUCCAAGGAGCCGUCGGACAGGGGAAAAUCCCGGGAUAACGGCGGCCCCCGGAGCCGGGCGCUCCGGGGCAGGAGCGGCCGCGAGAAGGAGGAGGACAGAGCCCAGUACAUCGGCUGCUACGAGGACAACACCCGGCAGAGGACCCUGCGCGGGAUGUCCUUCUUCGACUACAAGAAGAUGACGGUGUUCCGCUGCCAGGACAACUGCGCCGAGAGGGGGUACCUGUACGCGGGGCUGGAAUUUGGGGCCGAGUGCUACUGCGGGCACAAGAUCCAGGCAUCCAACGCCAGCGAGUCCGAGUGCAACAUGGAGUGCAAGGGAGAGCGGAGCAACACCUGCGGCGGGAUCAACCGGCUCUCCAUCUACCGCCUGGAGCUGGCCCAGGAAUCCGCCCGCAGGUAUGGAAGCGCGAUAUUCCGGGGGUGCUUCCGCCGGCCGGAAAACGUCUCCAUCGCCCUGCCCGCCAGCCAGCUCAUGCUCAACAUGUCCGUGGAUAAAUGUGUGGAUUUCUGCACAGAGAAGGAAUUCCCGCUGGCAGCGCUGGCGGGCACCACGUGCCGCUGCGGCUUCCCCAGCACGCUGUUCCCGCUGCACGAGCGCGAGGACGAGCAGCUCUGCGCCCACAAAUGCGCCGCCGAGGAGUUCGAGAGCUGCGGCUCCGCCGAAUUCCUGCUGGUCUACCAGACACAAGUGCAGGACAACCGCUGCAUGGACAGGAGGUUCCUGCCCAGCCGUGCCAAGCAGUUGGUGGCCCUGGCCAGUUUCCCUGGAGCUGGGAACACCUGGGCCCGGCACCUGAUCGAGUUGGCCACCGGCUUCUACACCGGCAGCUACUACUUUGAUGGCUCCCUGUACAACAAAGGAUUCAAGGGCGAGCGGGACCACUGGAGGAGUGGGAGGACCAUUUGCAUCAAGACCCACGAGAGCGGGCAGAAGGAGAUCGAGUCCUUCGACUCUGCCAUCCUCCUCAUCCGCAACCCCUACAAGGCCCUGAUGGCCGAGUUCAACCGCAAGUACGGGGGCCACAUCGGCUUCGCCGCCCACGCCCACUGGAAGGGCAAAGAAUGGCCGGAAUUCGUGGCCAAUUAUGCCCCGUGGUGGGCAACCCACACUCUGGACUGGCUGCGCUACGGCAAGAAGGUGCUGGUGGUGCACUUCGAGGACCUCAAACGCGACCUCUUCGUGCAGCUGCAGAGGAUGGUGGCCCUGCUGGGUGUCACGGCCUGUGAGGACAGGCUGCUGUGUGUGGAGGGACAGAAGGAUGGCAACUUCAAGCGCUCGGGGCUGAGGAAGCUGGAGUACGACCCCUACACGGCCGAGAUGAGGAAGGCCAUCAGCGGCUACAUCCGCACCGUGGACGCCGCCCUGAAGCUCCGCAACCUCUCGGGGGUCCCUGAGGAUUAUUACCCCAGAUGAUGGUGACCACAGCGGGGGGAUGGUGCCCAGGGGUGGCUCUGUCCUCCCAGAUUCUGCCUAAUUCCACCCAGUGGGUGGCUCCUCUUUUAACCCUCCAUGUGCUGCUGUAGCUGUCGGUCACUCCCUGCAUGAGCCGCCGCAGGUCCCCAGCCGCUGCUGAGCUUUUUUUUUUGGCCAACUUGGGGACACAGGUGCCCUCCCUGCUUCCCCCGGGGUCCCCUGCUCCUGUUCUGGCUGCCCCAGCCCUCCUGGGAAGGGCAGUGGGAUGUUUGUGUCCCCUCAUGCUCUCCUGGGGACAUCGAGCUGCUCAGGCUCUGGUGUACCCAGAGCUGAGCUCCUUGGGGUGGGUGUCCCCAAAAUCCCAGCCCUGCAAGGAUUCCACUUGUCCUUGGAUGGAAUCUUCAGCCUUCCCAAGGGAGGAUGGACCAAGGGUGUGGCACUCUCGCAGAUCCUGCCUGAGGUUAUGGGAUGGCAAGGCCAUGCUGUGCACUGUCCCCAAACCUGGUGGCCCAUGGAGCCAUCCUGUGGCUCCCUGAGGAUUCCCUGGAAUUCCCCAGCCACAGCACCAGGCAAAGUUGCUGCUCCAGCCCUUGCGGGGGCCCAUGACCCCCACCAGUGCGGCUCCAGCUGGAAGCUCCCCUUCCUUGUGGAUGCAGCUCCAGAGGGGGAAGAUUUCCCUGGAGCUGCUGGGACCCACGAGCUCAUCCAGGCCUUGUUUCAGAGCCCAUGAGCCAGAUCAUCCCCUCAGGAGCAUUUCUGGGGGGCCAGGAGCAGUUUAGGGGAAUAGGAGCAGGGUCCACACUGCACCCAACCCCCGUGGGGAGCAAACCCUGGGGCUGAGCUUUGGGCUGUCCCAAAGCCAAACCAAAGGAUCCCACACACCGGGAAUGUGCCCAUUUCCCGGCUGGCUUUGUGCACAGCUGCAUGUGGUCCCUGGCUGUCCCCUCAUCCCACGCCACCCUCCCCAUCCUGGCUUUGUCCCAAACGAGCUCCCCAAAGCUCCCAACCCGCAAAACCCCUUGGAUGUAGGUGCAAAAGCCAUAUAUUGUACGCAGCCUUUUCUAGAGUUGGAGAUUCACCAGUUGGCUUUUAACUCUUGAUCCUGAUAGAAAUGCAGGCACAGGUCGAGUCCAGAGACCCUGCUUGGUCUCUAUUCCAAGAGAGAAGAAAACCCCCUGGAGAAAAAAGGAGAAUUUCAAUAAAAAUCUAUUUUUCUAA